AUGUCGGGGCGAGGUAGAGGUAGAAUAAGAGCUCCUAGGAGGGCAUUCACAAAAGACGAAGUCGAUUGCGAACAGAUUUGGGCAGUUCUAGACAAGGCCUUCCGCGAGAUCCACGGCCGAAAUGCCUCCAAUUUAUCUUACGAAGAAUUGUUCCGGAAUGCCUACAAGUUGGUUCUUAAGAAGAAAGGAGACUUUCUCUUCGAGAACGUGAAGAAGCUCGAAAUUGAACACUUAGACAAUACAGUGAAGGCUCAGAUUAGAAGUCUUGCUACUCCGACAUUGUUAUUGCCUAAUGUGGGUGCUGAUGUUUCUUCUAACGAGCGACGACAGUCCGGCGAGCGGUUUAUGGCUCAGUUGACAAAGGCUUUCAACGACCACUCACAAGAAGCUGGAAUGAUUACAGACGUCCUUAUGUACAUGGACAGAAUAUCCACUUCUGAGGGUCGCAAGUCCUCGAUAUAUGCCGUUGCCCUUGGCCUGUUUCGGGAACGUGUGUUGCAGGCAAAAGCAAAUGAUGACUUGCACUACACCAUACUCGAGCUGCUGGAAACUGUCAUGCUGGAAAUGAUUCAGCUAGAAAGAGAGGGCGAAAUCAUAGAGAGACCACUCAUCCGAGCCAGUUGUCGCAUGUUAGAGAACCUCUAUCAAAGCCUCAUGGAAGAAGAAUCUACCAGAUUAUACCUCGUUCAUUUCGAACCACAUUUUCUGGAAGCGAGCCGCGAUUUCUACAGGAACGAGGGUGUCAAGCUCGUUCAAGAGGCUGAUGCUACCACCUUCUGCAGCCAGGCUCGGCAGAGACUGAAAGAGGAAGAAGAGAGAUGUCAGCAAUGUCUCUCUAUGGCAACUGAUCAGAAGAUUCGACUGGUUGUAGAGCAAGAAUUGGUUGGCGCUCACAUUGCCGAUGUCAUCAAUCUACCAGGGACAGGAGUAAGGAACAUGCUCGACAACGACAAGAUGACUGAUCUCCUAAACAUGUACGAACUCGUCAAGCGUGUCGAUCCACGCCUAAAACAUCUGAAAGACGCUGUACACAAGCGCAUCCAGGAAUUAGGCACAGAGAUCAACAACGGCGCCAAUCAUAUUGCCACUCAAAUGCCGACCAGGCAAAAGGAAGAUCAGAAGGAAGGUGACGCAAAAGGCAAGGAGAAGGAAAAACCUGCUGCUCAAAAACUCAACCAAGCUACUCAAGCCGCGAUCAACUGGGUCGAAGACGUGCUGAAGUUGAAGGCAAAGUACGAUAAAGUGCUCUUGCGCGCCUUCAAGUCCGAUGCAGUCAUGGAGAAAGCUCUUGAAAUAAGCUUCCAGGAUUUCAUCAAUAGCAACCCCAGAAGCCCGGAAUUUGUGUCCCUUUUCCUUGACCAAUAUCUCAAAUCUGGUAUCAAGGACAGAUCCGAGGCAGAGAUUGAUUUGUUGCUUGACAGUGGUGUAACCCUUGUGCAAUAUCUAGCUGAUAAGGAUGUGCUCGAAACUUACUACCACAAGCACAUGGCUAAGCGACUGUUGAUGGGCAAAUCUGUGAGCCGUGAUGUUGAACGCCAGAUGCUCUCGAAGAUGAAGAUGCGUCUUGGCAAUCAGUUCACUGCCAAGAUGGAAGGCCUGCUCAAAGAUAUUGAGCUUUCUGAGAAUCUCACAUCAGGAUACAGGGAACACGUUCAGAGGCAGGAUAUCAAGCCAAAGAUUGAGUUCGAGCCCAGUAUACUUACGACAACAGUGUGGCCAAUCACUAUUCCAGAGGGUGCCGACAAGCCUGCCAUACUUCCUCCUGAGGUUGCAAAAGCGCAGGAAUCGUUCGAACGAUACUACCACAGCAAACAUACUGGUCGCAAGCUGACGUGGUUGCCGCACAUGGGCGACGUUACCAUGCGUGUUACAUACGAGAAAAAUGGCAAGCCUAUUGUCUACGAAGUUACGGGACCGACAUAUUGCAUGAUUGUCUUGAUGCUGUUCAACGAGCACGAAAGAUUGACUUGCGAUCAGAUCCAACAAAUGACCAACAUUCCAGCUGACAAGGUCGUCCAAACCCUUCUAUCUGUGGCUGUUGCGCCGAAAACUCGUCUGCUUCGGAAAGAGCCUAUGACCAGAGAUGUCAACCCUACAGACGUCUUCUCAUACAACGAGAAGUUCGAGCACGCCUAUCGGAAGUUCAAAGUUGCCCUUGUUUCUGACCACGCCAACAAAGUUGAGACAGUUGAGCAACGCAAAGAGACUCAGAAAAAGGCUGACGACAUGCGCGGCUUGGUUAUUGACGCGGCUAUCGUGAAGGUCAUGAAGGCCAGGAAGACAUUGUCACAUCAACAAUUGAUUUCAGAGACCAUCGACAUCCUCAAAAGCAGAUUUCAGCCAGAUGUUGGCAUGAUCAAGAAGAAGAUUGAAAGUCUGAUUGAGCGAGAUUAUCUUGAAAGAGGAUCAGAUGCUUCGAAUCCUUCUUACAACUACUUAGCAUGA